UGUUAUGCACUUGUGAAAGCGGGGAAGAUAAAGGAAUUUUAGUCUAUGAAAAUCAAACUGUUGGAGAAUGUAACCUUUAAUACAUGGACUAAUGCUGGAAUAUAGCUUCUUUUGCUUUAACUACGUUAUUCUAAAAUUUGUGGUAAUUGCUUGAAUUGAAUUUUUUUUCGAGAUAUGGCAGCUAGCUUACCUUACGAAAUCUCUAAAUUCAGAAACCAUUGUCGACAGCUAAGAAGAAUUCUGCGAGAUACUAAACAAUCUUUAGAAGACAUAGAAAAAAGUGGAUAUUUUAAUCCAGAUCAAGUUACCAGUAUUCAGUUUAAGCCUGAAGUCGAACAAUCUGUCAAUGAUAUUAUUUACAAUGCAAUUGGUAUAACUGUGCUCGGCCAUGAUUGUUGGGCAAAAGCUGCUGUUGUGAAUGAGUUGUUUGGGCAAAAGAUACUCCCUACAGAGCCACAGGACGCAGAGAGUGAAAAUUCAAAAUUGACUUGGCGUAUGGUGCGAUUUAUGUAUGGUGUCCAGACACAAGUAACGUUAGCCCUUCCAAAUAGUUAUGAAUUGCUUGAGCAUCUUGUUUCUCAUGAGCAACAGUGGAACACGGUACCUUUAGAAGAUUUGGAAUUAAAUGGUAAGGAUUCUGAAGAUCCUGCAUUUGAAACAGCUGUUUUAGAUAUAAAAUUAAGGCAUCAGUUGCUUCGAGAUGAUGUGGUUGUAAUGGUUUCUCCCUCCAACAUGAAUGUUCAUUUUGAGCAAGUUCUAUCUGUGUGUAUGGAAGGUUACACACCUAUCAUAAUUUAUGCCAUAGCAAAUAAUACUUUGUCUCAAAAGGAAAUAUCUGAAUUAAUGGAACUGAAAAGGAAAUAUCCUAAACUUCCUUUGUUUUUCACUUGUGUCACCCCACCUUCUUCAGAAUUAACAGAGUCUGAACAGCAUGCUAGAAAUUUCAUGAUUGGAAGUCUUAAACUUCCUAUGUUCAAACCUCACUCAUAUCAUGAUACAUCUCCAAUUCAUCAGACUUCUAUUCUGAAGAGGAGAGAAUCUUUGGACUCGAAAAUUGGUUCCACUCCAAUGACCCUUUGUCAGCAGCUUAGUGGUCUCGGCUUCCUCAGUGCACUCUCACCGAACUUAAAGAAAAAACUGUCUCGACAGCAAAGUGGAUCUUUAGAAGUGGAGAGUAAACUAAUUGAUGAUUUUGAAAAUUUCUCAAGUAUUUUGCUCCACAUCAGACAAAUUCUUCAAGCAGAGCUUGUGCAAGUUGCAACGAAUUUGAAUGAAGCACAUAACACUUGCUUAAGGAUGUUCAUUCUCAGUGCCUUCGAUAUGACAUGGGACAUGCUAAUAACUCCUAAACGUAUUGCAUAUGCUAGACAAAGAGAAACUGAACUUUAUGAAUCUUUAAUGUCAAUAGCCAACUGUAAACAAGAAGAAAUAAGGCAACUAAUUGUCGAAACUAUAAAUAGCAUGACAGAUGAACUUUUACAAAAGGCGUCUGAAUAUGAAUUCCAAGGAGUCCAGCUGCCUGAGGAAGGGGAAUCACCAUCUGCUCGAGAGCUUCAGAUCUGUACAAAUGAAAUUCAGGCUCUUGUUUUGAAUUCUUUAAAUAGUGCUGUUGCAGGAAAAUUGAUCGGAUCUGUUGAUUACUUAAGAGAUAGCUUUGUUGGAACUCUAGAAAGGUGUCUCAGCAGUUUGGAAAGUUUGAAAGAUUCAUCAGAACACUCUCAAGCAAGCAAUGCAUUGAAGCAAAUUCUAACUGCAGCUUAUCAGGUUGAAGUAACUGUUAAAACAAGUUCAUCUCUUUUGAGGGUAUUAUUUGAAAAAAUGAAACAGAAAGUAACUUCACUUCAGUUAGCUAAAGUAUCCCCUCAACAUAACAAAUCUUGGGGCUUUGAGUUCCAUGAUGUCAAGAUGUUUUCUGAUUAUCCAUUUUUAAGGAAAUCUGCAUCAGAAAAUUUCCUCUCCCUGUUGGUUCAAACACUUCCUUGGAAAGCACCUCCAGUAAUUGAUGCUGAAUGGAAAAGGCGUGUGGCUUAUGAUAUGCUUGUAAGCCUCAGUGAAUCCAGGCUAGCUCGUUCUAUCUGUUCCCAGUUUCGAGAGCGGCUAAAAGCCUCACAUGAGCAAUUUGCUGCAUCUUUGAGACAUCUGGAAGCCUUGCAUUCUGGGAGAUUAGAAAGAACCGAGGAACAACGUCUUAAGGUGAGGAAACUACACGCUCCUAGAAUUGCAAAAUUUGCCUUAGAAAGUACUUCACUUAGAGACAUCAUACUUUAUGGAAUGCCUCAGAUUGGUCGUGAGAUUGGAAGAGGCCAGUAUGGUGUUGUUUAUGCUUGUGAUUCAUGGGCAGGUUGUUCCCCUUGUGCAAUUAAAUCAGUUGUUCCUCCAGAUGAAAGACAUUGGAAUGAUCUUGCUAUGGAAUUUUACUACACUCGGAGCAUCCCAGAACAUGAUCGCAUUGUACAAAUCAAAGGUUCUGUAAUUGAUCUCACUUAUGCUGGAGGUAGUACGCCAGCUGUUCUGCUGGUGAUGGACAGACUACAGAGGGAUCUCUACUCAGCACUGAAGAUGAGUUUGCCUUGGAAAUGCAGGUUACAGGUUGCUUUGGAUGUUGUGCAAGGUAUACGUUUUCUGCAUGGUCAAGGUUUAGUGCAUAGAGACAUCAAACUGAAAAAUGUUUUGUUGGACAAGCAUAAUCGUGCCAAAAUCACUGAUCUUGGGUUUUGCAAACCUGAAGCAAUGAUGUCUGGUAGUGUAGUUGGAACGCCUGUACACAUGGCUCCAGAGCUUUUCAGUGGACGCUAUGAUAACAGCGUGGAUGUAUAUGCAUUUGGAAUUCUCUUUUGGUACAUAUGUGCUGACCAUGUCAGAUUGCCUUACGUUUAUGAGCAGUGCCAGAGUAAAGACCACCUUUGGAACUCUGUUAAAAAGGGGGCAAGGCCGGAACGUUUACCUCAAUUUGAUGAAAACUGUUGGCGAUUGAUGGAGGAAUGUUGGAAUGGUGAUCCUUCAAAACGACCCCUCUUGGGCGAGGUCGAGCCUCGACUGAUGGAGAUCAUACAGCAUUAUGAGCAGAAUCCCCUUCUCAGCAGAGUCUUGGAACAGAAAGAAGUGAAACUCUUUUCAACCAGUCCUUAUGUCAAUUUGGAAUUUGCACCUGCGUGAGCAAUGUUAAGAAUAAUUUUAUUUCAUACAAUUUUUUUCUGGCAAAUCUAUCUUUGUAAGCGCCAACUAUAUGCUCAGAUGGUAUAGAGAUGGAGACAACUCAAUGUUUACUAUGCAGUUUUGUGAUUAGAAAAGUAUUUUUUUAUGACUGCAAGUUUUGUACAUUUAUCUGCAGAUAUACUGGUAUUUUUCAAAAAAAUAUCCCGUGUUUUGUGUAAAAUAUGACUUUUAUAAUCUACCCUUUUUUUUGUUGAUUUGAAUUUUUACCAUGUAUAAAUGUAAAUUUUGUAAAAUAUGUAAAUAAUAAUUAUAGGCUAAUGUAAGCAAAUUAGUUUUGUUUUAGAUAUUUUAUCUAUGUUAAAGAAUCAAAACUCUUUUAUGUACUGUUUAGAUGUACAAUUUGUAAUGGAACAUUUAAUUUUUCAAACCACAUGAACUUAUUUUUAAUACA